UCACACCAUUGCGCUGCUACACACGCAUGCCAUUCUCGUGUUUGUUUACAUACAACAAAAAAACAGCUCUGUCUGACGUCUAAAAUCGGAGUUGAUGCAUAAAAACAUUGCACAUUAAACGAAGACGCUUUUUAAAAAAUGUCUAUGCAAUGCCGAAUGUGUGCUGAAAAGAUAUUUAAUCCGAAUACCAAAAACCUUUUCGACGACGAUGGCGAUGAAAUUGUAUUAAACAUCCAAACUUUAACUGGCAUCCUGUUAAGAGAAGACAUUCAUAUGCCGAACUAUAUUUGCGGCUGCUGUCAUUUGGAUUUGUGUCACGCAAUCGCAUUUCGCGAGCGUUGUUUGCAAACGGAGCAGUCGUUUCAGCAGAGGAAACUGGAAAGAAUGAGGCUAACAGUUUCAAACAGAGGCAUCCCAAGGGAGUCUAUGUUAUCGAGUCCUAAAGCAAAACCUUCACAUUCUGUAGCACAUCGUCUUCAAACACAGCAACAACCAAUACCAAAAGAGAAAUUAUUCACAAAAGAUAAAUACUCUAAAGUAAACACUCCUGUUGCGGCUACACCAAUGGGUUUAAAGCCCUUGAAUAGUUGGAGCAAUAGUGAGGACAACCUGAGCUCGUCAUGUGAUGAAGUGAACGAUUGGAGUGCCGACGAAGCAGGUUCCGAAGCUCCAGUGCCACAACAAUUGCCCUCAACUGAUGGUGAUGUUGAUUUUAAAGUGAAGCGUACAGAACCAACUGAAAGUGUUGAUAAAACCAAGAAUAAAACGACCAACAUCUCGAGCAUCAAAAAAGAUGAUAAGUUAGACAAAUUCAUCUGCGAAUUAUGCGGUCUCCAAUCGAAUUCAAUCGCCAACCACGAGCUACACAUGAGACGCCAUAGGGGUGAGAAGAAUUUCAAGUGUGAGGAAUGCGGCUCUGAACACUACUCCAAAUAUCUGAUGCGAUUGCAUAUUCGUGUGAAACACAAGGGCGAAAAGCCAUUUGCCUGCAAAUUUUGUGAUGAACGCUUCCACUCGGGCAGCACACGGAUUCGCCAUGAAAGAGUGCGUCAUAUUCGAGAUUGGGCGUUUGAGUGCAAGAUUUGCGGCAAAAAGUAUUUGACCAAGUCAUGUUUGAAUAAACAUAAAUUUUUGCACACAGGUCUGCGUCCUUAUCGCUGUGAUCUGUGCAAUGUGGCCUUUCCUCGAAGACCUGGUUUAAGGAUUCACUGUCGUACAAAGCAGCAUCAGAAGCGAGCCAGCGAGGCGCACAUAAAUCCAAAUGAUGUUCUCAAUGCUGCUCCCACCGUGGUCAGCAAUGACGAGACUAACGUGGCCAACGAAGCAAUCCCGUUUCCAGACUCACUAUUGGCGGAGUUAGAUGUGUAAAACGAAUGAAUAAGGGUAUCUCAUGUGCUGUGGAGCCUAAGAUAUAAGCGGCAGUCACACGGAAACGCGUGUAACAGCUGUACUUAUUUGCCAUUCGCAUUUGUUUGUUUAUUACAAAUUUUAAUCGAAGCAAAAACACAUUUUUAAGGCUGGCUAAAAUAAAGCAAUAUAUUUUACAAAAAAAUAAAAAUGUCACAAUUAAUUUUGUGUAGAACAUGUGGAGAAAAGAUUUACAAUCUCAAUGCUAAAAAUCUCUUUGGUCCGGAAGGUAAAACUCUUUUAAAUCAGCUAUACAUGUUGACGGGCAUCUACUUAACCGAGGAACCAGACCUGCCAAAGCACAUUUGUGCUUGUUGCCAUUUAGAUUUGAACCAUUCAAUCAGCUUCCGAGAACGCUGUAUCCAAACAAACAAAUAUUUGCGAAAUGGAAAAGGAGCAACAAUAUCCGAUCCACUUACUACAGAAAUGGAGAAUACAGAGAUUGUAAUGAGUGAGCAGCAAGCAAAUCAUAUAGUAAGCGAACAUAAACGUAAGCAAAUGCAAAUUGCCGUUAGCUGCAAGCCAAGCAAAAAAACAAAGUCCAAAGCAGAGACAAAUGCAACAGAUGAGCAACCGUUCAGUAGAGCAGCGCUCCAAUCAAAUUGAGCGCGUAAGUUCAAAAAAAAUUAAAACAAAUAUUACAAAGAAAGAUAAAUCAAAUACCAAGACCUAUGUGUGCGAUCAAUGUGGCCGAUACUUCACCGAUGCCAGCAAUCUAAAAAUUCACAUUGUGCGACAUACGGGAAUAAAGUCAUUCGAGUGCCAGGAAUGUGGUGAAAAAUACUACACAGGACAUCUGCUAAAUUUGCAUAUUCGCGUCAAACACCAAGGUGAAAUGCCUUAUGCUUGCAAGCAUUGUGAGCAACGAUUUUAUACCAGCACCUCCCGUUCCCGACAUGAACAACUACAACAUAUGCGUGAUAGGGCCUAUGAGUGUCGUGUGUGUGGCAAAACAUAUCGCACUAGAUCCUGCUUGAAUAAACAUGAAUUUUUGCACACUGGUGAACGACCAUAUCGUUGCGAAGUUUGCAAUGUUGCAUUUCCUCGAAAUACAAAUUUAAAAUUACACUAUCGCUCAAAGCAACACCAAAAAAAAGCUGCUCAGGUUCAAGGCGAAGAUUUUGACGACUUGGAAGAGGAUAUUAUUGUGGAACAGGAAGACUUGGAAUUUGCCGAAUCAAUUAUUGAGGAAUUGGAUGAAUGAAGCGGACGAAAUCAAGUCGCUUAAAUUCAUAAUCGUUAGAAGUAAAUGGUACAAUUUGUAAUAGAACAUUUUUUGCGUUGUUUAAAUUAAAUAAUUCUGAUUAUUAAAUAAUA